CCUUGGCAGCGUUCUUGCCUACUCGGGCGCAGUCACUUGCCAAGAUGCAGUGGGAGCGCCAGCUCGGCUACCGUGAACUACCAGAACGCUGGCGUGUCUGCUUGCGCACCGUCGAUGCCGUCAUGUCUUUGACCAUGCACGCACUGCACUUCGAACACUAUGUCAAGAAAAACUCGCUCAACUUCAAGAACCACUUCUCCAAGUUCACCGGCGUGGUGUCGGCCUUCAGCAGCUUCUUCAGCGACUAUGCGAAGUCACGGAUAGAUGAUUACGCCGUGUGCAACUAUAAGCUGGAAAAACUACGGCUUGAAAGUUUGGCUCCGAAUACUUCCAAAGCACUAAACAUGGACAUCGACUUCUACGACGGGGUUCCCUUUGUAGAAGACGGCAACGCUCUGGAGGGCUACUACGCGACGCGCUCGUACGUCAGCCGCUCACUGUGGGACGCUGCACUAAACGGCACCGACAUUGGAUGGAGACGCUCCGUCUUCGACCUAUCCUGCUCGUAUGACCCUUCGAGGAACGUCUUCGAGCUACCCUUGAGUCUGUUCCACGAGCCAUUCUUCUACAAUGACGACACCCUUCCGUUCGACGAUCCCAGGGUGACAUAUCGUAUAGGAAGAGAGCUGGCUAAGGUCUGUCCUCAAAAUGGCAUAAUAUACGAUCCAGAGCGGAACCGUGCGGUGUGGCAGGAACCUCCAGGUGGCAGCAACGGUACCAUGGCCGACGACAUACGCUGCCUCGUCGAGCAGUAUGCUCAAUUCACCGUCAGGGAGUUGAAUCUCACGAUUGACGGCAUGUCUACGCUGCCAGAGAACAUUCUGGACAACAUGGUCGUUGCACCUAUUUAUGAGGCAUACCGUGAGGCUCACGCCAGCUCCCUCAAGGAGCACACCAUCCACCAUAUUGACGGCACCGCCUUCAACCAGGUCUUCUUCCUGUCCUACGCGCUGGGCCUCUGCGAGAACAUGGACAAAAUGGCACUUCGUGACAUGGUCCUGGAAGGAAGGGCGAGUCCAGCCAGGUUUCGGGUGAACGUGGCGCUGAUGAACUUCAACAAGUUCGGCAAGAUCUUUGGGUGUGCUCCGGGCACACCGAUGAAUCCUGUCCGAAAGUGCACCAUCUGGAUGAAGCACGAGUGA